AUGGAUGCCCGGAAGAAGAAGAGAAAGGUGCUCUUGAUGGGCAAGAGUGGCUCGGGGAAAUCUUCGAUGCGCUCGAUUAUCUUCAGCAACUACGUGGCCAAGGAUGUGCGGCGGCUGGGGGCGACCAUUGACGUGGAGCACAGCCAUGUCAAAUUCAUGGGCAAUCUCACACUCAAUCUGUGGGAUUGUGGAGGACAAGAUGCGUUCAUGGAAACAUACCUCGCAUCCCAACGAGGCAACAUCUUUUCAGACGUCGCCGUCCUGAUCUAUGUCUUCGACAUUGAGUCGCGUGAGGUGGAGCGCGACCUAGACACGUACAAUGCCAUCAUCGAAGCACUGCGCGAGUUCAGCCCGAACGCCUAUGUAUUUUGUCUCGUUCAUAAGAUGGACCUCAUUCAGGGCGAGCACCGACAACGUAUCUACGAAGAGCGUUCAGCGCUGAUCCGAAGCCGGUCCGCGCACUUCCGGGUCGACACCUUCGGCAGCAGCAUCUGGGACCAGUCCCUAUACAAGGCGUGGGCGGGGAUCGUGCACAAGCUCAUCCCGAACCUCACAGUCAUCGAACGCUUCCUGACAGCAUUCGCUAAGAAGAUUGACGCCGAAGAAGUCAUUUUGUUCGAGCGUUCGACUUUCCUCACCGUCACCUCGGUCACGUCCGAGGUCGGCGACCUCAACCCCAUUUACGACCGCCACGAGCGUCUCUCCAAUAUCAUGAAGGCCUUCAAGCACUGCGCCGCCCGCAAUACCCUCACCACCCCAGCCUCAGCCGGCUUCGUCGUCAUGCAUACCAAAACCCCUCAGUUCAACAUCUUCCUCGGCCGCUUUACCGACAACACCUAUAUCUUCCUCGUCGUGCCCCCCGGCGAAGCUGCCUACAAUUGCGCCGUGCUCAAUACCAUGCUCGCCCGCGAGGGCUUCUCUAAAGCGGCCGCCGGAGGCCGUGGCGAUGGCUUCCCACUUCCUCCCCCGAGACACCUGAGGACCAUGCUACGAACGGACUGA